UUUCUAGCCUAGGACUAACCUACUUAAAAAAGAAAAGGACGAGUCAAAGAUUCUGCUUUCAUCGGAACAAGAAUUGUGCCUUCCUUUCACCGCAGCCUGCAAAGAUAUAGCUAUAGGUGUAUUGUAAAAAAAAGUGCGCAAAAUGACAACAAAAGGGGUUGAAAUAGAAUUGCUUGAAAUUACUUUGCCAAUUAUACCUGUCAAUAUUAUAUUGUCCGUCUUCUAUAGCGGCAGGUUCAGUGUUUUCACUUCCUAAAUAUUCAGCAAUUAAGACUCAAGUAGUUAAUGAGAGCUCUUCACCUUUAGGUUGUCCCGGGCAAACGUUUGUGUCAAAAUUAAUUGGUGUUAUUAAAUAAAUCAAUUCCCUUUCCCUGUCUACCUCGCGCUGGUUUUGAUUGACAUGCGAAAUUGAUACGUUGGGGAGUCAAGCGAUGUGCUAAGCAGUUCAAAAUCCCCAAAUGCAAAUCUCAAGAGCAUAAUGCACAUUUGAUAACUAUUACCUCAAGUGUCGGCUGUUUUUUUUUAAAGUAAUGGCUAUCCUUCCCUUUUUAAAUGUAAUUUUGAUAAUCGCUAGGGUUGUCAUGUUAAAAGGUGAAGAGGAUGAUAGUUAUGGGAUGUAGCUUGGGGAGUUUUUUUUUUAAAGCCGCUGAGUGUGACAGACCAAAAUCCCCUGUUCCUAUAGCUUGUGGUCAUGUGUGAAGAUUGCAAAGGCGACGUAGAGGUUAUCAGCAGGUGGAGAGAGGGCAGGAGAGAAAUUCGAAUGGGCACACCGGUGGAAGUCUUGGGUGACGAUUCCUGCUCCCUCGGCUCAUCCUCCCCGUCGCUACAGGCGAUGGUGUCUGCACCUCUGUUGGGUAGAACUGUUUGUGCAAGUUGCAGCGAGGACAUUUUGGAUAAAUACUUGCUGAAGGUUAACGACCUGUGCUGGCAUGUGCGUUGUCUCUCCUGUAGCGUGUGCCAAACAUCGCUUGGCAGUCAUACAAGUUGUUACAUCAAAGAAAAAGAGGUCUUUUGCAAAUUGGACUACUUUAGAAGAUAUGGAACAUGGUGCGCGUGCUGCGGUCGAAAUAUCCACUCUACAGACUGGGUCCGCCGGGCGAAGGGCAACGUGUACCACCUGGCGUGUUUCGCCUGUUUCUCCUGUAAGAGGCAGCUGUCCACGGGGGAAGAGUUUGCCCUGGUGGAGGAGAAGGUGCUGUGUCGUGUCCACUACGACUGUAUGCUGGACAACCUGAAACGGGCCGUGGAGAAAGGAAAUGGUGUGAACCUAGAGGGGGCGAUGCCAACAGAACAGGAAGUGAAUCAGCCCAAGCCGUCGAAAAGAGCGCGCACCAGCUUCACCGCUGACCAAUUACAGGUGAUGCAGGCCCAGUUUGCCCAGGACAACAACCCAGAUGCCCAGACCCUGCAGAAGCUGGCAGAGCAGACAGGCCUGAGUAGGAGAGUCAUACAGGUUUGGUUCCAGAACUGCAGAGCACGCCAUAAGAAGCAUGUGAGCCCCAACCACUCCUCAGCCACCCCCCUGUCCUCCCUGCAGCCCGGUCGCCACUCCCAGCCCACCCCAGCCCCAGAAGAGCUGCAGUACACAGCCUACGGCACCCCAGAGGGCUCCAUGCUCACCGCGCUGCACUCCUACAUCGAUGUGCACUCCCCUCAGUCUAUGCUGUUCCAUCCCCUGCUGCCCCCCCACGCCAUGACCUCCCUUCCUGUGACCCACGCCUGAGCCAGACACACACACACGCACACAAUUUGCCAGAGCCUCACACACCACCAGGGAUCUUCAGUCUAGUAGGUUUCUUCUUAACAAAUUAAUUAAGUGUAACAUUUCAUGUGACUUGUCAGUAAGGGUCAUGCUAGAAGCCUUAUCUGUCUGAAAGGAGCCCCAUACACACUUAGGUUGUACAACUGAUGUUCAAUGCAUUUGUCACAACGGUUGAUACAGCAGUUUUUUCCCCCCUUCCAAAAAUAUAUACACAAUUACUACACAAGUACAAUGGUUGAGUAAACAUGUUUGCGCGUACAAACUCUUUUUUGUACAAUACAAACAUGAGUUGCAUCACAACUAUUGUGUCAUACUUUAAACAUCAGUUGGAUAACCGGAGUGUGUACAGAGCUUUGUGUAUUUAUUGCAAAGUGCCACAGUUUGAUGCCGAUCUUUUAUCUAAGGGGGGAAACUAGACUGCCAUUGACAAACCAUUGUGAAGUUUAUCUUAAAUUAUGAAU